ACAAAAAUUGAUCUUUCUAGGCACAGCUGAUGGAGAAGAGGUUGGCUGAAGCAACUUGGAAUGCUAGCCAACAUGGAGAUUCUUGCAAUGUUGGUUCUAAUAUAGAAAAACUGACAAAUCUACAUUCUGAAAAAGAUGAUGCUAUCAAUACAUUAGAGCAACAAGUGGAAGAACAGAAAAAAUUAAGGAUUCAGGAUGCAAGACAAGUUGAAGCUAAGGCUGCUAAAAUCAAAGAAUGGGUGACAAAUAAGUUAAAGGAGCUUGAAGAACAGAAUCAGCAUCUCAGGCAACAAAAUCAGAAAUGUAAUGAACAACUUGAAUUGUUGAAGAACCGUUUGACUCAACUUUCUCAGCUGAGUUCCCGUUCAAAGCCAAGAGAUCGAGCAAGCACAGAGGAUUCUUCAAGAGGAAGUUUUGAAGAUAGAGGUGAAUCUGAUGAUAGUUUACCACCAGAAAUACCUGAAAGAAUAUCUCCAACAAGCAUUCGACGGAUUAGACGUGAACAUUCUCUUGGAGAAGAAGGCACAACACUUAGGGAAGCAAUUCUUCGUGAAGGACAUUGUAAUGCAGAUUCAGAUUCGGAUCCACUUUAUGCAGCUGUUGAUUACUCAAAGAAAAAAUCUCAUACUCGUUCUGCUCCACCUCGUGUGAAAUUGGAAAGGAAAAAAUAUAAUGAUGGUAAUGCAUCUAUAUUGAGUUCUACAGCAUCAGAAGAACAGUGUGAUUCUGAAGCUGAUGUGCGACAUGAUUCUAGAGUUGAUUCUGGUUCGGUUGAUGUGGAUACACCAGCAUGCUUGACUCCAAGAAGCCCAUUAACACCUAAUGCUCUUGUUUCUAUCUCGGAUCCCCCAACUAAUGGAGAUAGUUCGGAUGGUACAUCUCCACAUUCUGAUGGUAAGAGAAAACCUGUACCCCCACCACGCUCACGAGUUCCAGCCAAGCCAAAGGCAAAUAACUGCUCUAGUUCUCCAGUUGUUUCUCAGGUACAAUCACAGCCAAUGGUGUCAAAUUCAGAAAUGAAUGGAUCUAAACAUGGUGCUUCGUCUUCUUCUAGUGACAAUUAUGAUAAUGUGGAAUGUAAAAUAUCUAGUCAGAAAAAAAGCAAAGUUGAUCAACAUUCUUCCAGUGAAAAGAAAAAAAUUGUGUGCGCUGAUAAUGAAAUUCAUGAUUAUGCUGAAAUAUACACACCAAGUCAAGAGCUUCCAAAUUUUCCUUCUCGAGAAAAUGGUGAUGACUUAGAAGGAAAACCACCAACUCCACCACUUCAUCGAUUUCCUUCUUGGGUAAGUUAAAUUCAUAAUUUCUAAGUAAACCUAAGUAAAUAAUUGCAUAUUUUAUAAAUCAAUAUAUAAAUUAUAAUUAGAUUUUUGAUAUUUUAAUCAUACUCAUAAGUUUUUCAACUUAAUAGCAUAAACUGUAGUUUACUUUAAAUUUUUUUAGAUUUGAUAAUAGAUUUAUUUUUAUUACAUCUAUAUAAUAAAGAUACUUUGGUCUCAUUAACUGACAUGUAAUAGUUCAGUAGAAGCAGACUUCUUACAGAGAAAUGAAAUAGUACCUUUGAAAAGGGACAUAAAGUAUAUGACCAGAAAAAUCUGAAAUCUUAAAAAAGUCAUUUUAGGUCCUAUGAGAUGUAAUUUGGGCUCAAUUCAAGCUUUGAAUGGCACGGUUGGAAAGGUGUAAUUAGUAUUUAAAAUGUUUUGACUGUAUAUAGGUAUAGGUCAUUUCAUGAACCUUGGCUGGGGGCUGCAUAUUACCAAAAUGAGCUCUGGAGUAUUUAAAGUGAGAGAGUGCUGGUGACCUAAAAUAUGCUUAAGGUCUGGUUAAAUUUAUUUAAUAUGUAUCAAACAAACAAUAUUACUAGAUUCUAAAAUGGGCUAUAAUAUGGUUUAUUACAAAGAUAUGUAAUCCUUGCUACUGUAAACCCCAGCAACAUUGCCAAGGUUUUUGAAAUAUACUAUACUUACACAGGGUGGUCAUAAUUAGUUUCCCUAUUUAGAGCAUUCUGUAACCUUAACCGAUAAGCAGAUUCACACUAAAUUUUGUAUGCAAAAGAUGAUGCAAUAAAAGAUUUUGCAAGAAAAAAAAAUUAAUUCAAAAACUUCCACUAGGGGUGCUUUACAGAAAAAUACAUAAAACAAACAACAAAAAUACAAUGACAAUGCAUUUAUUUAUUCCACAAGGGACAUGUCUUCUGCAGAGACUAUUUACUUAUAUAAGGAAUGUUGCUCAAUGUAUGCCCCAUUGUUCAAGUGUAAAAUUUGAAGGUGAGGAGCAAAUGUGUUCAUUGUCUGAACAGCUGACAAUAACUGCUGUCCAAUGAUGCUUUUCAUGGCAGUGUAAUAUUAUCCUUUAAGUCUGCCAAAGUUGCAACAUUUUCUUGAUAAAAUAUAUUCUUUAAAUGCCUCCACAACCAGAAAUUACACAAAUUCAGAUCCAUGUCAUUUUCACUGAUUUUAUUGUAGUGUUUCAAAUAACAGAUUAAAAUGUCACUUUUAGAUCAGUUUUCAUUAUUUACUGUUACGUUUUGUUUAUUUUUCUGUGAAGCACUCCAGUUUUUGAAUUUUUUUUUAAUCCUUUUCUUCAUUCUUUGCAUAUUCUGUAUACAAAUUUUGGUGUGAAUCCAUUGGUUACUGUUAUAGAGUGUUCUGAAUAGGGAACAUUUAAUUAUGAUCACCCAGUAUUUUUCAUAAGUCAACAACUUGCUUAAAUCUUCAUGCUGUAUUUCCUGUAACAAUCACC